AAUAAUUUUAUAAUAUUGUUGUAAUUUGGCUUUUAUGACUUGUGGAAUUCAUUGGGAAACAAAUAUUAUACAAAUUCUUGGACAAAUAUCUUCAUACUUUAUCAGUUUCAGAAACCUACCACACUAAAUUCCAUUCAACGGUGGAGAAUUUUGUAACAUCAAUUCACUGUUUAGAAGCGAUAUGUGGAUUCUGGUAGGACUGUGUUUAUCCACCGUAAUUUCAUAUGGAUAUGGAACGAGCCAGCCUACCUCAUGGUCGCCUCCGACUGCUGAUUGUUCUCAGAAAUGCGAAUAUAGACAUCCACAAGUUGUCUACUGCCGAUCUCCAGUUGUUGCCAAAAUCAGAAUAACGAAAUAUAAAAAAUAUGGUUAUGACGACGCAGCUUACCAGAUAGAGGUUAAAGACAUACUUAAGAGCCCAAGCAAUACCAACCUUUAUGAUGUUAAAGUAAUGUAUACACAGUGUGGAGCUUCACGGUACCACCCAUUUUACGAAGAUAAAACUUACUUGGUAAUGGGGCGACUGGAUGGCGCCGGACGUAUCGUACUAAACAGGUGCGAUUUUUCUAUUUCUGUUCAUGAUAUGAAUUGUUACCAGCGGAAAGGCGUAUUCAAAGGUGCAUAUGCAGCCAGCUGUGAAUGCACCAAUCAGAUUGGAAGUAAACCGACCGAUCAGUGCGAUAUGACGAAAGACAGUUUGUGUUAUAGCAGUUAUGCUUACUGUUACCAAUUCGGUGGUCAUUGUGGCUGGAGAAAAUUCUGGAAGUUUUCAGAUUGUUAAACAAUAAAUAAUGUUUCUGA